CACGUGAUUUAACCGUUAUAUAAUAUUUAUCCGCGCGACUGACCUAAAAACAACUUUUUAAGAACAACAAAAUAGUGUUCGGAUUAUUCCACCAUGCCUUCAUACAAACUUGUCUAUUUUGAUUUGAGAGGACGGGGAGAAAUCGUUCGUCUUUGCUUCCACGCUGCCGGUGUAACUUUUGACGAGGAGAGAAUAGAUUAUCCUUCAGAGUGGACAGCAGAAAAAAAAGCAGCUGCACCGUUUGGCGAACUCCCCUACCUUGAAAUCGAUGGAAAGAAAUUUGCCCAAUCUGGGGCUAUAGCAUCAUAUAUUUCUAGAGAAUAUGGUCUAUAUGGUGACAGUGCCCUGGAAAAUUUAUUCAUUGAUGGCGUAGUAGCAUUAACAGUAGAUUACUUUGAUACAUGGGUCAGGUCAUACUUUGAAGAAGACGCGAACAAAAAGGUAGAAUUAGAAACUAAGUUGAAAAAUGAAGUUCUACCCAAAUUUCUUGGACAUCUAGAAAAAGUCUUAACUGAUAGUGGUUCUGGAUUUUGUUCAGGGCAAAGGCUGACUCUAGCUGACCUUGCUGUUCACCAUACACUUGAAGUUUCCUAUAGAGAUUUUCCCGAUAUCUACGCAAACUACCCGAAAGUUGUCGAAAAUCGGAAGAAAGUUGAAUCACUGCCACGGUUGAAAUCUUAUUUGUCUUCCAGAAAGGUCACAGAGAUAUGAUUCCGAAGUGGAAUCUACAAAAACCUUAAGAUGACUGUAUUAUUAUUAUAAAACAGUUGUUCAAUUUAUUAAACUAUGAACUUCUCCUUCACAUCGAACAAUGCUUUAGGUUCUCACACAGACUUUUGAAUAUACUUAACAUUGUUUCAUUGUACUUGUAUUACUAUUAAAGCUUGGCAGCACUUUCAAAACUUA